AUAUCAACAACAAUCCAUCGCCAGCUUUAACUUUACCAUCUGAAUAUUCCAAUCGGGCAGUAGCUUCGAGGAAACCAAUCAGAAUAAUAUAAUGAUCGGGCAGGAGUAACUUUACAAUCCAAAUAAUAUUCGGUGUACCUCACAAAUCCGAUUUAUUCCAAUCGCAGGUGCCACCAAUCCGAAUCCCAUCCAGAGGCGUAACACUUCAAACUCUAUUCGAGUUCUCAUGCAGUUUCCGUGGACCUUCCGGGACUGGGAGAAUAUUUUUAUCCAUGAUGCUGCCAUCGGUCAUCGGCCACACCACAGAUCCUUCCCAUUGCGUGCGGAGGCGCCUCGCGCGCGUGCUGACGGGUCUGGCUGCGCCAAGGGAGGUUGUCAGUUUGCGGUGUCAACUGGGUGAAAAACCGGGCACAGCGAUGAUCAGUGUCCCACUAGUGCCCCGCGAGCCACUCUCCAUGGCUACUCCGGACCCGGUGAUCCUGAUGCCCGAUGGCCCAUGUGAAAUUCAGGGUCUUAUCAGUGGCCUGGUGCAUAUUUCCUGGUGGUGCGAGCACGGGUUGCGACCUGCCAGAGGCCGCUGGCCCUGCCAGCGCUACCACCACCACCCGGAACCAGCCGCGGCUGCGCCCCAUACUAUGGCUGCCGGUGGCCAGGGUGGCCGCCUGGGGUGCACCUUGGCGCGGUUCUCCCCCUGCCGUGUGUGGUGCUAGCACUUCUGACACCCGCAUCACCACAUUUGCACCAGUUUCACAUGCACCCGUGCGGCGCACGACCCAUCGCGUUUGUGUCUGUUGCUCCCGGUGGCUGCUAACACAUCCCCUGUAUAAGAAGGCAAGCCAAUCCUGAUUGCACCCCCAU